GACAAGGUUCCUGGCGGUGAGGACAAGGUUCCUCGCGGUGAGGACAAGGUUCCUCACGGUGAGGACAAGGUUCCUGGAGCUGAGAACAAGGUUCCUCGCGGUGAGGACAAGGUUCCUCGCGGGGAGGACAAGGUUUCUCGCGGUGAGGACAGGGUUCCUCGCGGUGAGGACAAGGUUCCUGGCGCUGAGGACAAGGUUCCUCGCGGUGAGGACAAUGUUCCUGGCGCUGAGGACAAUGUUCCUGGCGCUGAGGACAAGGUUCCUGGCGCUGAGGACAAGGUUCCUGGCAGUGACGACAAGGUUCCUCCCGGUGAGGACAAGGUUCCUGGCGCUGAGGACAAGGUUCCUGGCGCUGAGGACAAGGUUCCUGGCGCUGAGGACAAGGUUCCUGGCGGUGAGGACAAGGUUCCUCGCGGUGAGGACAAGGUUCCUGGCACUGAGGACAAGGUUCCUGGCGCUGAGGACAAGGUUCCUGGCGGUGAGGACAAUGUUCCUGGCGGUGAGGACAAGGUUCCUGGCGGUGAGGACAAUGAUCCUGGCGGUGAGGACAAGGUUCCUGGAGGUGAGGACAAGGUUCCUGGAGGUGAGGACAAGGUUUCUGGCGGUGAGGACAAGGUUCCUCGCGGUGAGGACAGUGAGGUUCCUGGCGGUGAGGACAAGGUUCCUCGCGUUGAGUACAAGGUUCCUGGCGGUGAGUACAAGGUUCCUGGCGCUGAGGACAAGGUCCCUGGCGGUGAGGACAAGGUUCCUGGCGGUGAGGACAAGGUUCCUCGCGGUGAGGACAAGGUUCCUGGCGCUGAGGACAAGGUACCUGGCGCUGGGGACAAGGUUCCUGGCGGUGAGAGCAAGGUUCCUGGCGGUGAGGACAAGGUUCCUGGCGGUGAGGACAAGGUUCCUCGCUGUGAGGACAAGGUUCCUCGCGGUGAGGACAAGGUUCCUGGCGCUGACGACAAGGUUCCUGGCGGUGAGGACAAGGUACCUGGCGGUGAGGACAAGGUUCCUGGCGGUGAGGACAAGGUUCCUCGCGGUAAGGACAAGGUUCCUCGCGGUGAGGACAAGGUUCCUGGCGCUGAGGACAAGGUUCCUGGCGGUGAGAACAAGGUUCCUGGCGGUGAGGACAAGGUUCCUCGCGGUGAGGACAAGGUUCCUCGCGGUGAGGACAAGGUUCCUCGAGGGGAGGACAAGGUUCCUCGCGGUGAGGACAGGGUUCCUCGCGGUGAGGACAAGGUUCCUCGCGGUGAGGACAAGGUUCCUCGCGGUGAGGACAAUGUUCCUGACGCUGAGGACAAGGUUCCUGGCGCUGAGGACAAGGUUCCUGGCGCUGAGGACAAGGUUCCUGGCGGUGAGGACAAGGUUCCUGGCGGUGAGGACAAGGUUGCUGGUGGUGAUGACAAGGUUCCUGGCGGUGAGGACAAGGUUACUGGCGGUGAGUACAAGGUUCCUGGCGCUGAGGACAAGGUUCCUGGCGCUGAGGACAAGGUCCUGGCGCUGAGGAUACGCACUCAAACUUGUAAGUUAUGAUGUAGUUUUUAACUGAGAGGUAGAGAAAUGAGAGAACUUUUAACCGUAGAUACUGUACCAUGCAUUAAACAUAGUCUUAAUAAACCUAUUAUUAUUAUAUUAUUUUAUGAGAAUCUAGUUUUCCGUGAAAUUGCAUUUUUAAGACACGUGAUUGUGAAACGGCUUUUUUUUGUUAUGAAACGUGAUCCGUACUCCCCCCUCCCCCCGCCCCCCUUUCCCACCCUCUAUAUUGAGGUGGAUUCAUCAGAUUCGAAUCUAUUUUAAGAUUUUGUUAAAUGAAACUGAAAAUCGAUAAUCGGAUUUGAAGAUCCAAAUCCGGAUUGCACUAAAGGAACGCACCCGAAGUGAAAGAAAUGGUUUUAGAACCAGUAUAUCUCACAGAAAAGAUCAGAUAUAUUAUACUUAACAAAUGUAAAACAUUUUCCGUGUUGAUAUACAGUUAUAUCAACACGAGUGGAAAUUGGGAAAACGAGAAAUUGUAUGGAAACACGACGCCCGAAGGGCGGAGUGUUUUCAUACAAUUUCGAGUUUUCUCAACUUCCACGAGUGUUGAUAUAACCAUGGGCGUACCGGAAGGGGGGCGGCAAGAAAUUUGCCCGACUUUUCCUGAUUUUGCCCGACAAGUACCGAAAAGAUUUUUCCGGAAUUUGGUUUGGCGAGCUCCCCCCCCCCCCGCCGGCGCCAAAAAAAUUUCGGUCAGCGUACCAUUUUAGGGGUCAAAAAUUUUUUCCGAGCAUACCAUUAUUGUCCGGAAGCUACAAAAUUUUGGGAAAUUUCACAAAAUUUUGCGCAAAAUUUACAGAUUUUGUCACAUUUAUUUUUUUAAUUAACCAAAAUUGCCCGACUGUUCAGCGAAUAUUGCCCGACUGCCUAAAAAACUGGGGGGCUACCGCCCCUCCCCCCGCCCCCCCGCCCGGUACGCCCAUGGAUAUAACUAUAUAUCAACACGGAAAAAAUGUUUUAUAUUUUUUUUAUAAUAUAGCAAUGUCAAAAGCCCGAAGGAUAAGAAAAAUUUCCGUGUUUACAAGCGGCGGAAAAUUUCCCGUGUUGACAUUGAGUUAUAUCAACACGGCUCUUAGCCAAUCAGCGUUCAGAAUUUACAAAUGCUAUAUUAUAAAGAUGUUUGGUAGUAUAGUAAGUGCUUGUUGAGUGUAAAUUCAUUUGUCUUUCGUUGCAAACUUUUCUGAACAAUUUAUAUUCUCAAUGAACAUGCAUGCUUUUUCGCUGUUGUUUCGAUAUUAAUUCUUUAAAAAACUUGUAUUUAAACUAAUUUCUAUGUAAUAAAUUAGUACCACGUAGGUUACUAUGUAGUUUCGUAUAGUUUCGGACAUGCGCAUUAGAUAUGUAGAUCGGCCAUGCUUAUGCCUUAUUCUAUAUUUUGUAUCUAAAUACACGACAUUUAUGUUCACACUGACUUAAAUCAUUUCAGUAUGUUAGUGACGUUGACGUGUUUAGUCAUACUAAUCUAGUUUAAUACUUACGCUAGUUAUGUCAACGACCUCGACCUACUUAUGUCCUCGACCUCGUCUCGGUGAAUAUUCCCCGAUAAUCACCUCGCCUUCGGCGAACAAUUGUCAAAUAUUGAUUUCUCGAAAUCUUCAUGUUUAUCCAAUACUUCAUGCAAGAAUUUCUUAUCACAUGAGGAUCGGGAGAAAAAUGGCAAAAGACACGUGUGAAGUUUUGCAUAUUUAUUCGCUUAUUUUUACUCAUGAAUGUUUAUAUAAAGUUCUAUUUUUAUGAAAGCGUUAGGAAAAAAGUCGACAAAAAAACGGGGAAAAUAUUUCGAAAAAAAUCAUGAAAAAAUCCCAGAAUCCCUGAAAAUUCGGCAAAAUUUGCACGAAUUUUUAACCCAAGAAUCUUCGUACGCGAGUAAUUUAUCCCUCAGGCCUCGGCGCAAUAUAUAAAAAAUUAAGAUUUUAACUUAUUUAAUAUGUCAAUGGAUGCAAAAGGCCAACAUGUAAACAACCCCGCCCCCAAACCGGAAAUCAAUCUUUCGGAAGAAAUGCUUCGGCUACUACCUGUUUUCGUACCAAAUUUAAAAUUUAACUUUGCUGAGAUUUGUUCUCUCCUAUCAUGAUUAAGUAAACAAUAGAUGAUUUUGAAUCAAGCUCACCCACUCCCAGGGGCGUCGCUAGACCUCUCUGAAUGAGGGGGGGGGGGUGUUAGUGAAUUUUGCCGAGUUAUGUAGGCAAAUUUUGCCGAGUCACUAAUUAAUUUUUCUUUUCCCAAACAAACAUUUGAGGGGGUUGUGAAAUUUUUUCCGGACAUAUCAUAAUUUUUCCCAAAAUUCAAAAAUUUUUCCGGAUAUAUAAUAAUUCUUUUGGUAAAUUUAGUAACAUUUUUGCUACAACUAUUACGUUUUAUUCCGAGCAACUAAAAAAUUUUCACUCACCACGAAAACAAUUUCCAGAUAAAUCCGAAAACAAUUUGCCGAGUCCAGCAGACAUUUGCCGAAUAUGUGAUGAAUGGGGGUGCUACACCCUCCCCCCCCACACACACACCCCUCUAGCUACGCCCCUGAGCCCACCUAGUAAGCCACGCCUAUAUAGUACCUAACACAAGGGUUCAUUUUUAACAGUCCAGUUUUUCGGGAGACAAAUAUGCAAGCAAUGAUUCUCAACGCGUUACCCACGCUAACCCAUGCAUAUACGUUGUGUUAUAUUAGUUUUAAUCUAGUUAUUAUUAAUAACUUGACGGGUUACCACGCGUUGCCCUAUCGCGUGGUAACGCAUUGAACUGGCAAUAAAAAGCUAAAUAAAAGCAUGUAACUCAUGGUAACGUGCACGGUAAUUGCGUCCUUUAAGCACUAUAAGUGCAUUUGCUUAAACUUGAGUUCAAUAUAAUAUCAAAAAUGCAGCUGAAACGACUUCAGAUGUCAAUUUCAUUUUUUUUAAAUUCCUUGAAUAAUGCACCCUAUACCAACAGCUAGGAAAAUUGGAAAUCCACCCCCCCCCCUACCCCCACCUCCCAGAUGACAAGUCAGCCAUGUACCAUUGUACACCUGCAUGCCAAGUACACAAAGGAUGAGAUCAUACAGAGUGACUACCACACACACAUAUGGACUCGAAGUCAGAAAAUCCUCAAGAUGAUUAUGUCCCAUCAAUUUUUAAGACAAUCGUCCGCAAAAUAUAUUGAGACUUUUGUAAUCCAGUGAUCCAUUGCCCCCUUCCCCCUGUUUCAAUGUUGAAAUGCUAUUAUAUAAAUAUCUUCCUGGCAGAAAUAUAACGUGACCCAACAACCGCAACUGCAUGUCCUAUUGCAUGGCAUUCAAAAUCUAAUGAAUAUUUGAAUAAAACAAUUUUGCAGCACAAAGCGACAUUGAGAUGGGGGAGGGAGGUUUGUCUCAAAUAUUUUGUGGACGAUUGAAGCUAUUCAGUUACUUGAGAAGGUCCUUCAUGAGUCUAGUCACGGACUACUUUCCCAUUUUUUGUGAUCGAUAGAUUUAUUGAAUAAAGAAGCUUUUUUUUAUGUCACGUAUUUGCGAUGAAAAGUGUUCGAAAACGAAAAUCGCUUUGGCGUACAUCUCAAAAUUGCUUAGUUUUAGCUUUAUUUUCUAAUUUAUACAGUUAGCUACCUUUUUGAAUGCAUUUGCCGGUUGAGAAACGUAAAAUAUUAUAACAUAGCAUUUGUAAAUUCUGAACGCUGAUUGGUUAAGAGCCGUGUUGAUUUAACUCAAUGUCAACACGGAAACGUCGGAAAAAUUAUUUCUUUAUGUUUCUUUGUGCUAUAUUAUAAAACAAAUAUAAAACAUUUUCCGUGUUGAUAUAUACAGUCAUAUAUCAACACGAGUGGAAAUUGGGAAAACUCGAAAUUGUGUGAAACCACUCCGCCCUUCGGGCGUCGUGUUUCCACACAAUUUCUCAUUUUCCCAAUUUCCUCUCGUAUUGAUAUAACUGUAUAUCAACACGGAAAAUGUUUAAUAUUUGUUAAAUAUUAAACUGAAAAUGUCAACUAAAAUACGACUAUCAAUGAUGCUUUAAAAGUGACGCCGUAUUUACAGCAAUAUAAGCAAAACUUACUGAAAUUCAAACAUCAUUUUCUCCUUGGCGUAUACCAUCUAAAAUGUCUUCACGUCAGCAUUAUUUUGCAGAUAAAGCACUAAAUAUAGCUACUUUUUAAGUUUGUUUGCCGAUUGAGAAGCGUAUUGGAAAAUAAAAAUAUUGAAUGUAGUCCGCAUAAGUGGUAUAUUAUACUCAUCAGUUUUGAGCAAGUGUUACGUAACCGAUACAAAUAAUUGUCCUCUUAAUUAGUCGAAACAUAUAAAAUUAAAUAAACUUGUAUACAAUUAUAGCAAAGUGGUUAGUUUGGAGUAAUGUUUGCAAAGUUUGCCAAAAGGGAUCAGUCCCUCGCAGGUUGCCAAGGUGAUGUUGGAUACAUGGGUCGAUGGAACGAGGAAUUAAAUUAGCCUACGGACCACUUGAAUACCUAAUACGGGCGUAAAAGACAAUUGAAACAAAUAUUGCUAUGCAUAUGAUCCUAUAAAUGAGUGCCUGCAUCAUAAGCCAAAAAUGUAUAUGAUCCAAGUGCAAGUGAUACAGUUGAAAGUAUGUUGAAGAGACUCGAAGAAACGGAAAAGUUCAACACAAAAGUUGAUCAGGUGAUUUAAGCUGAAUCUCUUUUUUCGGCGACAAUGAUAUAUUACGGUCGUGGGAAAAGAGCAGGACAGUUCGUCGGAAAGCUCUCUGCUAAGAGUGAACAGUCGAAAACGUCGGUGCAGCUAUCAUAAAGUACCACACAUUCAGACAAUACUAGCUUGAAAAGCCGGGAAAAGAGCAAAAUUCAAACCAAAUGUUUGGGAAAAGCAAAGGUCAACUGAGGAGGAACAUUCAUUCGCGUUCAAAGUCCGCUUUGGUGGGACAAAAAUAUGUAACUGACAUGGCACCCUCGAAAUAUUUUUUGUUUUGAACAAAUUGACCUUGAAUUACGACUUUAACAGUGCCUGCAUGUUUACCUGGUUUUUUCAAAUGUUAAUAAUUUCCAACUAUAUACCGUUCAUAUGAUAUUUUAUGUCAUAAUCAGCCAAAAAUGUCCAUCCCGGUCAGAUGGAUUAAAGCCUUCAUAUGGCCGAAAAUUUCAUCCGUACAUCCCACCAAGCGUAAGUUGAGAUCUCAGCUACUGCUGGGCUGGCUCGUUUCUCAUAUGAACACAAAUUCAAUUUCAUAUCCAUUAAAUUAGGGCGAAACAAAUGAUUUAAAAACACUAAACCAGAAACAAUAGUUUUUGACUAGAAAUAAGAAGCAGUUAAAUUAAGAGGCAAGUAAGCGUGAUAGUUCCCACUAAAAUUGUAUAAGAACCACUUCAGCCUGACAUAAAAAAUAGUGCUUCUUUCAUGUGGGUUUUUACUGUAUCGUAUAGAUGCGUAACAACAGUUAGUACGUAACAUAGUUAAAUUAAAUCUGAUUAAAACAGAAGUAAAUGAAGUUCUAAUGUAAGUGACGCCUUUACUGAAUAAUGGAGGAAAUGUAAACUUGUCCAAAAAUUGCCAUGCUGUUGUCAUGCUGUUAAAGGUCCAUAUUUUAGCGGGCGGGGGACUUAAUUAAUGAACAUCAAGUUAUCUUUCCUUUCGACAGUUCGUAAAACACAUUUCGAACUUCCGUCUAUGAACUCAAAUCGCGCUUUUAACUUUGUAGUUUGCGCGCAAAUCAUUUCGGAUAUGAGCGGAGACUGCAAUUAAUUUGUCAUCAGAAAUGAAAUAUUCUCAGAAAUUAUAGUGUAAAUGAAAUCAGAAGAGUGACACUUUAAUACUUAGACAUUUUCCUAGUUCAGAAUUAGUGCUAAGUAACAAUAUCUACUUUGAGACUUGCCAACAUUCCCUAAUUUUCAACUUACUCUUCAUUCAUUUACUUACUUUGAUAUAUACCUUGUAGUGAGCGGAAAUUUAAUGCCACUGCUGAAGCUUAUUAACAUUUAAAGCUAAAUAGAAUCCAGAAAAUUACAUUUUUGGGGGAUUAGUAGCACGAGAGUAUUAAUGAGACUGAUUAUGAAGAAUAACAAUAUGUCUCUUGAAUUUUUUUGUCAUUUACACAGGAGGAACUGGCAAUAAUGACUCAGGCAACUCCACGACGUUCGCCUAAGGAAUGGUUCAAGAAGUACUUUCUCGAGG